CCCUCGACGCACUGGAUCCGCUAAAAGAUGAAAUAACCCGAUCAUAACAUCUUACAAGCUUGGUUCGAAUGUUGAGAAAGCAGAACUACGCAGACAUAUAGGCCUAGGGAGAUUUAAGGUAGCAAGGGGAAGACUGGGAUACUGGGCGAAUACACUAAUAGUUGGAACUAGGGAUAAAGCUGCACGAUUGAGUAGCGGUAGGGGAAGGGCAAUAAUGCUUGAUAUAUAGGCACAACCAGGGAGUGCAGCGAGAUGCCGCAAAACUUUUACUAAAAUUUAAAAAACUAUAAUUCAAUAAUUCAAAUUCUUGAGUCAAUGUUGUGAUUUAUGCAGGCCCAUUAUGGGGGUUGCGGUGGCAGGAAAUUUACAGCACAUGUCAGCGUCAUCAGCUUCUGUUUUUGCCCUUCAAGCUUUGAACUCUGAAAUAGCUAAAAUGCCAGGCUCUCCAAAGAUACUCCGAGAAGAACGGCGAACAAACUACAGUAUGUUAUCUGAAUUGGGUAGAGCGUCGCAUUCGUGACAUAUUGUCUUUAAUGUUAGCAGAGACAAAUAUGCAUAUAUAUGUAGAUCUAUAUGGUAGUGUCGGACGACAAUAAUGAAGAUAAUUAAGAUGAUUUUGAUUACACAACGCUUUUUGAAAUCAUAUUAGGCCGACAAUGUAUUUUGUCUUGGACCUGGAAUGAUCAGAUAAUCGGGAUUGAAUUGUUCCUCUAGGACUUUUAGAAUUAAAUAAGAAAGAUGACAUGACCACUACUAUUGUACGGUAAAAACUUCUUCGGGCGGCACUUAAUAAUAUCUAAUUAUUCUAAUUUAUUUCUAAGUUAUAUGUUUAAGGUGAGGCAAGGAUAUCGAUUGGGGAGAUUAACUCGAUUAAAUUCCCGUCCCUAGUUCUGGUUUCAGGAGAAGAUACAACCAGGUUAAUAUAUGUAGGCCUAUUACUUGUUUUAUGCAUUCUUAAAAACCAUGAUAUCACUUUCCCUUUCGAGAAAUUUAGAUUUAUAGGUCAGCUGCUCUACUUUUGCAAGUGUCUCCUCGCGUUGCCUUCCGAUGUUAUUUAAAUAUGUUGCUACCUUAGAGAAUUAUAAAUUUCUAUCUGACAUUUUUGGACGUUUUGAGUUGCUAAGACCAUUACGAGGUCAGAAACCAAAUUAAAUGUGUUAUCUGCUCCUCAAAAUCGCAAGAUCAUAGGCCUACGGAGUCAUUAUCAAGAUACAUAAAGUAUUAAAAGAAUUGCAUUCGGAAAAGUUUGACUUGUGAAACUCAACAUUUUUAAAGACAAAUUUAUAAAAAUAGGUAGGCUACUGAGCAGCUGAUGGAACUUUGUAAUUAUGGGAUAGCGAUUUGAGUGUUGCUGACGUUUACAUGUACAUGAUCAAUGGUUCAGCAUUCGCGAGCCAUCCUUUGUAGAAAGCUCCAGACUCAUUGUUACGAGAGCGAGGGAGAGAAAGUACAUCUACAUUGUAUUUCUAUUGUCACAUCUAAUGAUUCAUCCGUCACGGUUGAGUGGCUGAAAUCUAGGCUAAAAAACCCAUUAAAAAUUAUAUAUUUUAUAUUCAGGACGAAAAUGCUCCACGUUUCGGCAUAAUUUUCGAUAAUAAAAUAUAUUUUCUCGCAGGGUUACAGAUUUGUAAUUGAAAAAUCCCACUAAUAACUGAAAACCUUCCAUAGAAACAACGGUAGGAGCAAUAUUGUUACAACAACAUUGUCUCGUUGCUUAAAAAAUCAGUAGAAUUAUGCGAAUUGUGAAUAGGAAAAGAAACGACGGCGCUAUGCUGGAGGCACAGAGAGUAAUCUCCCGUUUGUUGGCAUCGUCACUACUUCAAUAUGGCAGCCUCCUGUGUCUACUGGAAGUAACAAGAUUGGCAGUGUAAACUUUGUGUGUAUUUUCUUCAAUCAUCAACUGAACAUUUUCUCGAGGAUAUUUUUAGGUCAGAUAUACUGGCUGAAUUCCUUCUUUUAGAACAUUUCAAAUCACUGAAGUGUGGUGGACAGCAGCCAAAAUGGCAUCACAUUUAAACAACGCUGCUCUAGCGAAAAAGCUCUUGGAUAGCAUGCAAAAUGACCUUCGCACCUUAUCGGCAGAAAGCAAGAGAAAACAUCCAGAAGUCAAAGAGCGUGCUGAGACAGUGCAGUUGAAACUGAGGACCAUCUCAACGAAAGGAGAUGACAUAAUAGCAGGUCUGCUCCCAAUUAGCUCUGAUGUCAUCCAACCGUUUGUUUUGGGCUGUGACACGAAGAACCCCAAGCUGCUGCCUCUGUGUCUAGUGGCCGUACAGAGGAUGAUUUCACAUGAAGCUAUUUCUGUGACGGCAGCUGACUCCAUCAUCGGAAUGCUGUGGCGACUCAUGGAGGCCGGUCUGGAAGAGCUGAAACUGCUCCAGACGGCCACUUUGCUUCUCACGAUCAACUCUGUCGUUCAACAUGAAUCUCUUGCCAAGGCUCUUGUGUUGUGUUUCCGUCUUCACUUCACCAAAGACAGCACCACCAUCAACACCGCCGCAGCCACCAUCAAACAACUUGUCUCCGCCAUCUUUGAGCGUGUUGUUGCUGAGGACAAGAUUUCCAUCUCAGAACCAAAAGAGUCUCUGAAUUUGGAAGAGCUGAAAGCCGGGAGCAAAACUCCACCGAAGUCGUUACGACCUUGUGCAGGAGAUGCUUAUCUUUUGUUUCAGGAUCUGUGUCAACUGGUGAAUGCUGACCAGCCAUUCUGGCUGACCGGGAUGACAGAGAUGACCCGCACGUUUGGCCUGGAGCUGGUGGAGUCGGUGCUGACCAGUUACUCCAGCACUUUUACUCUGCACCAGGAGUUCAGCUUCAUGCUCAAGGAGCGCGUGUGCCCGCUGGUGAUCAAGCUCUUCUCCCCGAGCCUCAAAUACCGCCAGGGCCUUCCCCCUGCUCCCUCCCCUGCCCCUGUGGAGAAGCCCUUCUUCCCCAUCGUCAUGAGACUGUUGCGCAUUGUGGCCGCCCUCAUCCGAGGGUAUUACCCUCUGCUGGUCACAGAGUGUGAGAUCUUCUUGUCACUGCUGGUAAAAUUCCUGGAACCAGAGAAGCCGAUGUGGCAGAGAUGUCUGGCCUUGGAGGUCCUUCACAAACUGUCUGUGCAUCCGGAGCUCAUCAAGAGUUUCUGCCAGUCCUACGACAUGAAGCCUCAUUCCACCAAGAUUUUCCGCGACAUCAUCAACGCCCUCGGUGCCUUCAUCCAGUCGCAGUUCAUGAGCCAGCCCGGUGGACCAGCUGCACAAGCAGCCAAACUGCCAGACACUCAAGGUACCCCACCGGCUAUUGUGGGUGGUAUGCCUGUGGGUGGUGGGGUCAGCCCGCAGCCCGCCUUUAUGUAUCGCGGAGUGUGGAUCCCGCUCCUCACCACCAUACCCCACGGACAGUCCAAAGCUGGCUUCCUGGAGGUCCUGGACAAGUCUGAACCUCCAAACGUCCCCGACGGCUACGGCGUGUCCUUGGCCUUCCGCUGCCUUAUGGAGAUGACCCGCACGGUGCAGAUGCUGGUCAUGGGAGAGUCGGAAGAGGGGGUAGGGGACCCGGCGGUCAGCAGGGUGAAGAAAGAAGUGGACGUGACUGAGUCUAGUGAGGAAGACAAACAGCUGCAUGUAGAGCUGAUCAACUCUUCCUGGUGCGGCAUGCUGGCCGCGCUCUCUCUGCUUCUGGAUGCAAGUUAUGAGACUUAUGCUGGCUUGUCUAGCACUGAUGAAAGUGCUUCUGAGAUGAUUCUGAAAGCCCAAGAGUCGUACGCCAACAUGUGUGGGCAUCUCAAGAUGAGCACGCCAAGAGAUGCGUUCAUCACCGCGCUGUGCAAGGCCUCACUCCCACCCCACUACACGCUUACCGUGCUCAACUCUCAGAAUUCUGGAGCUGGACAGAAAGGCACAGUGCUGAGCCGGUCGGUCAGUCAGGAAGGGGCUGGUGAUGUUGUGGAGAGAAGCCAAGUGGUUGCCGUGGGAACAGCUCUCCCGACAGCCUCUCUGCCUGCUGGGUCGCACCAGGGCCAAGUUGUGCUGACGGCCAAGAACAUCCAGGUGAUGCGAGCGUUGCUGAGUCUGGCUCACUGCCAUGGGGACAUCCUGGGCUCUGCCUGGCAUCUGGUGCUGACCACACUUCAGCACCUGGUGUGGAUCCUGGGCCUGAAGCCGUCAGCCGGGGGCAGCCUAAAGGCCGGUCAGCAGAUCAGCGACAGCAGCAGCAGCGUCAUCACCACCGCUGUCAUGGCCGACCUUCCUGUCCUCUCCUCCAUGCUGUCGCGGCUCUUUGAGAGCUCUCAGUAUCUGGAUGACGUGGCUCUCCAUCAUCUGAUCGACGCGCUGUGCAAGCUGUCCAUGGAGUCUAUGGAGCUAGCCUAUUCCAACAGGGAGCCGUCUCUGUUCGCCGUGGCCAAGCUAUUGGAGAGUGGACUGGUCAACCUGGGUCGUGUGGAGGUGCUGUGGAGGCCGGUCACUGCUCAUCUGUUAGAG